AUGAGUAGCCCAGGUGUGGCAAACUCCAGUCAGAACAAAGAGACUCACUCAGAUUCCUCCCUGCAGCUAAUCCUCACCAAUCUACACAACGUCUUAUUCUCCUUGCUUGACCUUGAUGAACUGUUUUUGGACUCUCCUCUCCAACACUGGUACCAGGGGAGACUCUGGCUCAUUAAUGAAGAACACCAAAGUGCCUUUAUGUCUGAUGCCUCUAGAGCCGAGAUCCUGAGAAAAUAUGGUGGCACUUACAUGGAUAUGGAUGCCUUGACUCUUCGACCACUUCCAAACAGGACCAAUUAUUUGGGGCGAAUUGACAAUGAAACAAUCACUGGAGCCAUCAUAAGCAUUGUCAAAGGUGGGCAUCAUCUAAGUCAAAUUUUGGUCAAAUCUCUUCCAGAAGCAUUUGACCCUUUCCAGACUGAGAGCAUUGGCCCUUCCUUGGUCACCUCUGCCCUGAGGGAGUUGUGCCCAGGGAAUCUGACCAGCAGCACUUACUCUCGACGCCUCUCCAAUGCUUCCAAUGACGACGAAGUGUCUGCGUACCUGGAAGACACUUCGCCAUACUUUCAAACUCCCGAAAUAUGCUCUAAUCUGACCAUUUUUCCUGAGAAAAUGUUUUAUCCCAUUGGCUUCCAUUUCAACACGGGAGAAAGAUACCUCUUAUUCAAAAGAGGUCAUGGUUAUGGACAAAAAUUCUUGAGGACUUCAAAGGCAUAUAGUUUGCAUCUCUAUAGUUCUCUGACCUGGAUGGAGGAAGUUAUGUCAGGUGGAGAUUCCAUUAUGGAGGAAGCCAUGAGGAGAAACUGUCCCAGUGUAUAUCAUUACAUAAAAGGAACUGAUGGACGCCUUUGA